GGGCGAGCGCCCCGCGGGAGAGUAAGAGGCCGAGGCACGAUCCGAGCACCGCCGCCAUGGGACUCACGGCGUCGAGCCUGAACCUGACACAGUACGAUGUCGAGGAGGUGCAGGAGCACUGCGGCGGCAAGUUCAACAGCCGCGAGAUCCAGUGCCUUUACAAGCGCUUCCGAACGCUGGACAAGCGGCACAAGGGGUACAUCAGCGAGGACGAGCUGAUGUCCAUACCCGAGCUCGCCAUCUCGCCCUUGGCGCCGCGGGUCACGCAGGUGUUCCAGAACCUGAACUUCAAGGACUUCUGCAGGGUGCUCGCGGCGAUGAGCGAUAGGGCGACAAGGGAGGACAAGCUGGACUUCAUGUUCAGGGUGUACGACGUGGACAGGGACGGAUACAUCUCGUUCUCCGACCUGGAGACGAUCGUGAAGCACCUGGUGGGCUCGUCUCUGAACGAGGAACAGGUUGGCGAGCUCAUCACCCGCGCCAUGGGAGAGCUCGCGGAGCUGCGGAAAAAAACCGGAGUUGGGAGGGGCGGCGACGACGGGCGGUCCUCGCCUUCGUUGGGCGGCGGGAUCACGUUCGACGAGUUCAGGGUGAUCAUGAAGGGGAACACCAAGCUGCCCACGGUCAAGGUGCCCGUCGGCUUCGACUGAGAGACCCCCCGGGGUGGCAGUAGCGCGCGUGUCGACACCGCGAUGAUAGACUAAUCUAUUCUUUCCAAGAGUUGAAAACCUCGUCCUCGGUUGCGACCCC